GUGUGUGUGUGUGUGUGUGUGUGUGUGUUGCUGCAGGAAUGCGUCCGUUGCAUUACGCCGCCUGGCAGGGAAAAGCUGAAUCUGUCCUGAUGCUGCUUCGCUCCGGAGCGUCGGUUAACGGAGUUUCUCUGGACGGACACAUCCCGCUUCACCUCGCAGCUCAGUACGGACACUAUGAAGUGUCGGAGAUGUUGCUGCAGCAUCAGUCCAACCCGUGUCUGGUCAACAAGGCCAAGAAGACUCCUCUGGACCUGGCCUGUGAGUUUGGGAGAGUCCAGGUGGCCCAGCUGUUGCUGAGCAGUAACAUGGUCGUGGCGUUGUUGGAAGGAGAGAGGAAGGAGCCGACGGACUCGGCCUACACCACUCCGCUGCACCUCGCCGCCCGCAACGGACACAAAGACAUCAUACGGCUGCUGCUGAAGGCCGGCAUCGACAUCAACAAGACCACCAAGUCUGGAACAGCUCUGCACGAAGCGUCUCUGUACGGGAAGACCGAGGUGGUCCGACUGCUGCUGGACGCUGGCGUGGACGUCAACAUCCGUAACACCUACAACCAGACGGCGCUGGACAUCGUCAACCAGUUCACCACAUCGCACGCCAGCAGGGACAUCAAGCAGCUGCUCCGAGAUGCGACCGGAGUUCUGCAGGUCCGAGCUCUGAAGGAUUACUGGAACCUCCACGACCCGACCGCCCUCAACAUCCGAGCAGGAGACGUCAUCAUGGUACCGGGGGCCCGUAGUGACCCGUCUCGUCCCCUGCAGGUGUUGGAGCAGCACGUGGACGGACGGUGGAAGGGCCACAUCCACGACACCCAGAGAGGGACGGACCGGGUCGGCUUCUUCCCUCCGUCCAUCGUGGAGGUCAUCAGCAGGAGAAACGGGGGCACCCUGUCCCGGCACGCCUCUCUGCCCACCCAGCGCCAGCAGCUGCUGUCCAGAGCCCCCCUCUCCUCCAGCCUCAGCUCCGCCCCUCAGACCGACGACUCCUACACUCUGUACGCACCACCCACCCACGUGGUGCUGCCGCUAGCCAACGGCCUCACGACCAACACAGGUUUGUCUCCGAGCCGCCUGUCUCAGUCUGAGUUUCCCUUCGAGGACAUCUGGGUUCUCAGGGACUCGUGUCAUGCCGGAGACAGGAACAGCGUCGGGAGUACCGGCAGCGUUGGCAGCACCCGCAGCGCCGGGAGUGGACAGAGCACCGAGAGCAACAACGCACCCAACGGACUCCAACACAACACCGGUCACCAUGACAACACCAACAAGCCGGCGCCUCCUGCUGUUGAUUCUGGACACUCAGACGUCGGCAUGCAGCCCGAUCAUCCUGCAGGUGGGACUCCUCGGAGGCAGACGGUCACGGUGCAGAGACCUGCAGAGCAGAGCUUCUCUCAGCAGUUUGUCCGUCCUCAGCAGCUGCUGGAGGGGAAGGAUGCCGAAGCGAUCUAUCAGUGGCUCAGUGAUUUCCAGCUGGAGCAGUACACUGGAAACUUCAUCAGCGCUGGUUAUGAUGUUCCCACCAUCAGCAGGAUGACUCCUGAGGAUCUGACCGCCAUCGGAGUGACCAAACCAGGCCACCGCAAGAAAAUCUCCAUCGAGAUCAACAACCUGAACAUCCCCGAGUGGCUGCCUGAGUACAUCCCAUGCGAUCUGGGCGAGUGGCUCAGCGCCAUCGGUCUCCCGCAGUACCACAAAAAACUCUCAGAGAACGGCUACGACUCCAUCAGCAUCGUCAAAGACCUGACGUGGGAGGAUCUGCAGGAGAUCGGCAUCACCAAACUGGGCCACCAGAAGAAGUUGAUGCUGGCAGUGAAGAAGCUGUGUGACAUCCAGAGGGCGAUCCUUCAGGCUGAAUCAGGCCAAGGCACGCUGCGUCGCAAAGCCCCUGGGGCCUUGCACCUGGUCACCAUCGAGCCGCCUGACUCCUCCGGUGAAUGCUCCUCGCCUCACACCCCAAAGAUGCUGACCUUCCAGGACAGCGAGUUAAGCGCCGAGCUGCAGACGGCCAUGUCCAGCCACUACAGAGGCUGCGAGGAAGGCCUGGCCAUCAAGAACGCCGUGGGAAUGUCCCAGAGCCAGGAGAGCAUCGACACUCGGUCCAGAGGCUCCGGACGCUCCCAGGAGCCUCCCAUGGCGUCCGUCACCCCCCACAGCUGGUCCCAGGAGAGCCUGGAUGGCAGCCCUACCAAGGAGAGGAACCUCCCUGAGGGCUGGGACCAGAGGCCUCCGCAGCAGCAGUCGCUCCCCAAGCAGGUGCCUUUGGGCACCGCGACUGUAUUUAAGUACCCGGCGAUCCCAGCCAAGCCCAAACUGUCUGGAUCUCGUGGUCCCUCGCCUCAUGGCUCCCCAGCGCUGAAGGGUUUCAGCUACCUGCAUUCUCAAUGUGGCUCCACAGACCUGAGCUCAUCUCCCAGGUGUGAGGACCGCACCAUGACCCUGACGCCACCCAAGAAGCGCACCCAGAGCAUGACCCGUUACGCUCUGUCGGACGGAGAGCCCGAUGAGGAUGACGAAGAGUCGGCAUUUCCUUCUGGAAACCUGUCGUCUUAUGCAACCUUGACCCGCAAACCCGGGCGCAGCCAGCUGGCUCGAUUACAGUCGAGUCCAGAAAAGAACGGCAACGUGGGACGAAGUCAGUCCUUCGCGGUGCGCGCCCGUAAAAAAGGUCCCCCUCCACCUCCCCCAAAGAGACUGAGCUCAGUGAGCAGCACCACCAGCGGGGAGCUGAGCGACAGCAGCACAACAUCGCCUGCCAGCGGGCCGACGGACAGUCCGGUGAGCGUGAGGAGCAUCGCAGCCUCUCUGGAGGGCAGGACGGAGGGGAAGAACCCCCCAGGACCUAAAUCAGAACUCGUCCAGCAGGAACCGCUUCCUGCCUCCCUCAACUCUGCAGGGCAAGAGUUCAGAGAGGCUGGCGGGGUGAGGAGGAGGGUGCAGAGCGAGUGUAUUCCUACCCAGACCGGCAACAGUGCCGAGCUGGAUCACGGGGUGAAGUCUGACUCUGAGGAGGAAGAGUCAAAAGGUCAACUGGAGGGCUCCUCGUCCCCACACAACAGCUCCAGUGAGUGCAUCCCCUUUGCAGAGGAGGGCAACUUGACCAUCAAACAGAGACCCAAAGCUCCAGGGCCACCCAGGGCUGAGGCUGUGCUGGAGCCUCCAGAGAAAUCAGCAGCCAAGAACCCGGAGGUGCCCGAGUUCAAUCUGAAGGAGUCGGACACGGUGAAGCGCCGACACAAACCCAAAGACAAGGAGCAGGGAGGAGACUCCCCUAGCAGAGAGGGAGCGGGGGCAGCCCAGUCCGACAGCAGUAGACCUCCAUCCCAGAGCCAGGAGGAGGUCAGUCUGAGGAUCAACGAGGCCAGUCUGGACAGGCCGGCCAGUCCAGCAACAGGAUCCCCCAUCAAACCUCCGCUGUCCCCGAAACCUCCUGCUGUUGCCCCGAAACCGAUUCGCCACAGUCUGCUGGCAGCACAAGCUGGACUCUCCUCUCCAACUGUGACCGUCAGUGUGGUUCAAAGUGUGGCCUUCACCUCUCUGUCCUCUCCUGCUCACGGGCCCACAGCUCCAGCACCUGGUCCUGGUCCAGGUCCAGCUCCAGCUCUGGCCCCUCAGAGUCCUUCUCUGACAGCAGCGAGGACUCAGGUCUGUGUGGUGGGUCCAGGUCUCAUUCCAGAGUCUUCCAGCGGGACUCAUGUGGUUCAGCAAAGACUGGAUCAGACCAGCACGUCUCUGGAAGCAGCUCUGAAGGCCGUCGAGAGAAAACUGGAGGACGAUUCAGAAAGCGGGCCGAACACGGUGAAGUCUGCGGGGAACAUUCUGGACGACAUCGGCAACAUGUUUGAUGACCUGGCCGACCAGCUGGACGCCAUGUUGGACUGAAGACUUUUUAUAAAAAUAUUCACCUUCAACCUCAGGAAGUGAGACCGUGAAGAGGAAACGGGCGUCCCCUCGCUCUGGACUACAUGAUGGACAUCAGCAGCCGUCUUGUCUCUGAACACCAGCACUUAACCUCACUGUGCUUCGUCUGCAGCAGGAUCUGAUGAAUCUGGUUCUGUUUGGAUGGAUUCAAACUUUUUAACGUUCGUGUCGUCGUCGUAUCAAACAUGAACCAAACAAACGUUGGACCAGCGCUGUCAUCAGCAGAUUAUUCAGAAUAUUUUAACAUGAAGUUUGAACUUUGCAGAGAGCCGAAGUCCUGACGCACUUCCUGUCCAGCGACUUUUACCAGGACCGACCUGAAUCUCUCCCGGUGCUCUAAGACGUCUGAAAAGCGUUGUGCUGUUUUUCUUUGAUUGGAUUCAGAGUGUAAAACUUUUCUGUCCUCUGAUGUUCAAAUCGUUUCUUUGGUGCAGUCGCUCGUCUUCCCACAACAACCAACAAAACAAAUCUCCAUGAAGUGACCAAACUCAGCACAUGAACCAACGGACAGAAGAAGCUGAGUGAAACAGUUGUAAAGUUGUAGGUGACAAAACAGCAACAACACGUCGGUUGUUAAAGGAGCUCAUUGUAUGACUGAAGGUAUCAGGAUGAGCGUUCCUUUAAUGUUCCUUUAAUGUUCCAUGUGCUGCGUUCAGUAUGAAGUCCACGUGUGCAUGAACCAAAGGCUGAACUUUAACAAACGUUGGAACACACAGGAAACAACAGCUUCACUCUAGUCUUCGCAGCCAUGACGACAUGACAUCAGCGCGACCUGGCAGACGAUGAGCGUCGGCGUGUUGACCAAUAGGAACGCAGAGGACGUCAGCAGUUUGUUGGCGAUGAUUGGUCGAGCUGCGGCGUGUCGUGACUCUUUCAUCUGACACUUGGUGUUUCUGAAGCUGGACGUCCAGUCUGACUUCGGCUCUCUGCUCGUCGCGUCUGAUCAUUUCAAAUUUUGUAAUAUUUAAAAAAAAAAUCUAUUUUAUACCGAGUGAUUUUAACCACGCGUAGUUCUUCCUCCUGUUUGUGUUUUGUCAACGUGUUCAGACAAAGGGAAGCAUGCUCAGUCAGUGUCGUGAUACAAACUAUUUUUUGAUAUUCAUUUUAGCCAAAUUAGUAUUUAAAUUAGAGUUAUCUAAAUAUGUAUAUUGUAACUAGAGGUCUAUACAGGAGCAGAUAUCAACCAAAGUCUUUGUAGAGAUUCUCUCUCGUGUUUUCAAACUUUCCUCAACGUUUAUGAAAUGUUAUUUUCACGUUUGGAUGAUGUUUCCAUGUUUAGCAUGAUGUCAUAGCCGUGUGAUCAUGUGACUUCUGUGUUGGUUUGUUUCGUCUCAGGAAAAGUCUCCUGACCUGAACUCGUGUUGCUGCUCACAGAAAGAUUCAAGACAAACUCCUUCAAACAUCUACGAUUUAUAAUAAAAUAAACACGUUUGGUAAAAAGAAAA